AUGUUUACUUUUUACACCGUGUUAUUUCUUAUUGCAUCGUCGAUAUUUGUUAAGUGUGAUGACUUAGAAGAACUAAAACAGAAAUAUGCGCAAAUGAUCAUGGAUUGUGCGCAAGAGUAUCCUAUAGAUCCUACAGAUAUAGAACAACUGAAGACCCGACAGAUGCCGGACAAGGAAUCUGUGAAAUGUCUUUUCGCGUGUGCCUAUAAGAAGUCUGGUGUUAUGUCAGAAGAUGGCUUAUUAUCAGUCGAAGGCACAAAUAAAUUAGCUGAGACGUAUUUAGCGAAUGAUCCAGAGCGUUUGAAAAAAGCUAAAGAUUUCACUGAGGCUUGCAAAUUUGUUAACGACGAAGCAGUUAGCGAUGGCAACAAGGGUUGUGAAAGAGCUGCCUUAAUGUUCAAAUGCAGUACUGAAAAGGCUGCAGAGGCACUAACUGAUGAAGAAAUAAAAGCGGACUUUUCAAAGACAGUCAUCAAAUGUUCAAAAAAUUACAAAGCGAACAUGCAAGACCUCCUUUCUUUGGCUACUCUGACCGUACCGACUGAUCCAGAAGUUAAAUGUAUCCUCGCUUGUGCUUAUCGUGAGAAGGGAACUAUGGACGCUAAAGGAAUGUACGAUGUGGCAGGGGCAUAUAAGUUUGCUGAGGAGAACUUAAAAGGAGAAGAAAAGAGAAUAAAAAGAGCCAAGGAAUUUGCCGAUUUAUGUGCGACAGUAAAUUACGAAAAAGUUGGCGACGGCGAUAAAGGGUGUGAAAGAGCUGCCUUGAUGUUUAAAUGCUCAAUUAAAAACGCAGCUAAGUACGGGUUCAAAGUAUAA